AUGUCAGAGUCACGCCUUUUCCAGCCCAUGAAAAUCGGCAACAUCGAAGCCCAACAUCGUGUUGGAAUGGCCCCUCUUACGCGUCUCCGAUCAAGCAUUGACCGUGUUCCCAAUGCACUUAUGAAAGAAUACUACGGCCAACGAGCUUCCAUUUCCGGCACCCUCAUCAUCACCGAGGGUACUCUUGUCUCCCCUGCUGCAGGUGGAGGUUUCGCAAGGACGCCUGGAAUCUGGAAUCAGGAACAGGUCAACGCCUGGAAAGAGAUCACUGAUGAAGUGCACCGCAAGGGUAGUUUCAUCUUUAUUCAACUGUUUGCAAUGGGUCGUGCUGCAACGGUUGAAGUUGCGCGGGACGAAGGUAUCGACAUCAUCGGCCCCAGCGCAAUCCCAAUUGAAGGCAGUCCCGCCCAGCCUCGAGCGAUGAGCCUGGAGGAGAUUCAUGAAAUGGUGGAAGCAUUCGUGGUCGCAUCUGAGAAUGCCAUGAAAGCCGGCUUCGAUGGUGUUGAGAUCCAUGGUGCCAAUGGCUAUCUGCUCGACCAAUUCCUCCAAGAUGUCAGCAACCAGCGCAACGACGAGUACGGCGGUAGCAUUGAAAACCGGUCCCGUCUCAUCACCGAGAUCCUGGAGCGUACUGUCCAAGUCAUCGGCCAAGAGCGAGUUGGUAUUCGUCUGAGCCCAUGGAGUACCUUCCAGAGCAUGCGCAUGAAAGACCCAAUCCCUCAGUUCACAGACAUAAUCAACAAGGCCAGCCGUCUAAACUUGGCCUAUCUUCACUUGAUCGAGUCACGCAUCUCGGGCAGCCAAGACUGUCAAAACAGCAGCGGUGAGAGACUUGACUUUGCCUAUGAUCUCUGGACAGGCCCUUUUCUCAUUGCCGGCGGGUACAAACUGAAAGAAGCGGAAAGGCUCGUUGACGAAGAACGCCCCAACAAGGAGAUCAUGGUUAUGUUCGGUAGAAACUUCCUGGCGAAUCCGGACUUGGUGUAUAGAAUCAAGGAGGGCUUGGAACUUAACCCUUAUGAGAGGAAGACAUUCUAUACCAGUGAUGUCGAGGGUUAUGUGGAUUAUCCAUUUGCCGUCAGAAAGGAAGCAGCAACUUCGAACUGA